CAUCAAACCACAUAUCUUGCACCAUUCUGAAAUAACUCGAUCCAAAUCCGAACUCUAAUUAAUCAAACUAAUCCAACAUAUAUAUUUCGAUAUAUAUAAUUUUGAAAACAUCCAUUAUACAAUGGCGGAAAAAGAGAUGCAGAAGAAGAAAAAGGAAGAAAUCUUAAAACUCAUGGGCUUACCCGUCCACACCAUGCAUUUUCAUGACCUUGACCAUCGAGCUGUGGUGAUUGAAAUAAUGAACACCACUGCGAAAACUAAUCUUAUCCCACGGGUCAUGAAUACAACCAUCAUGGUUUAUCCUUUUGCUACGAUGUUUAAUGCUGAUCUAUCGAUGCAAUUCCAAAACGAAAGGCAUCAUAGAAAUAAUAAUUCUCGGGGUACAUUCAAUAAUAACGCAGGAAGUACAACGAAUAAUAAUAAUAAUGCUCUUGCUGGUGUACGUGCCGCCAUUGCCAACCAAAAUCAAGAAAUGUUGGCAACUAUACUCGAAUCUCAACCUGAUCUAAUCAAGUCCUUUGAUGAAGAAGGGUUAACUCCUCUUUCGUAUGCAGCAUCCAAAGGAAUUGUUGAAAUAGUACUCUACUUCCUCGAAAACUUCCCAAAAACAACAUACCUUCGCAACAAAGAUAAAUCCUACCCGAUUCACAAGGCAUGUCUAGGAGGACAUGUUAGGGUUUUGGAGAAGUUCCAUUCUAAAUUUCCUACUUCCCUAAACUCCGUUGACAAUCAUGGACGGACAAUAUUACACAUAGCUGCUAAAGAACGCGGUAACAAGCUGAAACAUGUUGUCGUGUACUUGUUGACACUACGAGAGGGUAGAGAAUUAAUCAGUAAGAAAGACGAAAAUUAUUGUACACCCUUGGAUUUGGCUAGAAGCAGCAGAAAUGGUGAAGUGGAAGAACUUAUUGGAAGAAUCAUACGUCAAUAGGAUGGAAGAACUACCCUGCGUUUGUGCGUUACGCUUGUGUGACAGUGUGAAUGCUUCGAUGCAACAUGUAAUUUUUUUUCUUUUUUUUUUCUGCUUUAUUGAUAUUUAUUUUAAUUUUCUUUAGUCGUCAAUCUUUUGUUAUUUAUUUGAUAGCAUGUUCAUGUCAAUAGUGAAGGUCAAAAUCGAAUUUUUGUCCCGUGUCCUCAAAGUUUUCUAGUUCAAUGUAAAAUAUAAUCCAAAGUUUUUUUUUUAAUUUUUAUUUUAAAGAAAUAAUACGAAGUAUUAUAUAUCGGUAUAAGUUUCUGUACUUAGAGAGUUUUAAUACAUUUGACCUGUAAAUUCACUACAGCAGUAUACACCUGAUGAAACACAACGUCACAAUCGCUAACAUUUUCCUAGCAAUGUUUUGUGUACAUUUAUACUAGAAGUCAAGAGUCUUUAUAAAAUUAUUAUAACAACUAUUUUCACCAAAGAUUUAUCAUAUAUAUGGCGGAUAAUAUAAUGUGAAUGCAACGAAAUGUUUGAAAUUAAAUUUUAGGCCUAAUAGUACAUGACAUCGGUAGGUAGGAAUUAAUUGGACCAAGAUUUUACAAAUAACUUGUGGCCUGGUACGCGGUUAAGUUUUGUGGGAUGACAUCAAAACGUUUGCUCAAUUACUGAAAUUAUGUUUCCUCAAAAAAAAAAAAAA